CUGCGAUCGGCUUUAAGGGAUAUUAUUUUGAACAUCUCUGAAAAUGUCUACUCCUGAUCCUCCAAUGGGAGGGACACCUCGUCCCGGGCCUUCGCCUGGUCCUGGUCCUUCUCCUGGUGCUAUGCUGGGCCCUAGUCCUGGGCCAUCCCCAGGUUCUGCACAUAGUAUGAUGGGUCCCAGCCCAGGACCACCAUCAGCAGGGCACUCUAUACCACCACAAGGGCCUGGAGGUUAUACUCAGGAUAACAUGCAUCAGAUGCAUAAGCCAAUGGAUUCCUUGCAUGAAAAGGGAAUAUCGGAAGACCCUCGUUACAGUCAAAUGAAGGGCAUGGGAAUGAGGGCUGGUGGGCACACAGGAAUGGGACCCCCACCAAGUCCAAUGGAUCAGCAUUCUCAAGGUUACCCUUCUCCACUUGGUGGUUCUGAGCAUGCAUCAAGUCCAGUUCCAGCUAAUGGCCCAUCUUCUGGCCCCCAGAUGCCAUCUGGCCCUGGUGGAGUCCCAUUAGAUGGUACUGACCCCCAAGCAUUAGGGCAGCAGAAUCGGGGCCCAACUCCUUUUAACCAGAAUCAGCUGCAUCAGUUGAGGGCUCAGAUCAUGGCCUACAAGAUGCUUGCCAGAGGUCAGCCGUUGCCUGACCAUCUUCACAUGGCUGUGCAGGGAAAAAGGCCAAUGCCUGGAAUGCAGCAGCAAAUGCCAACUCUACCUCCACCUUCUGUAUCUGGAACAGGACCAGUGCAAGGACCAGGGCCUGCACCUGGACCAACACCUCCGAACUACAACAGACCUCAUGGUAUGGGAGGGCCUAAUAUGCCCCCUCCUGGACCCUCAGGAGUUCCGCCAGGAAUGCCUGGGCAGCCCCCUGGUGGACCACCCAAGCCCUGGCCAGAAGGACCAAUGGCAAAUGCUGCAGCCCCUACUAGCACACCUCAGAAACUGAUUCCUCCUCAGCCAACAGGCCGUCCUUCACCAGCACCCCCAGCGGUACCUCCAGCAGCAUCCCCUGUCAUGCCUCCCCAAACUCAGUCACCCGGGCAACCAGCCCAACCUGCCCCAAUGGUGCAAUUCCAUCAGAAGCAGAACCGUAUCACUCCAAUCCAGAAGCCAAGAGGACUUGAUCCAGUUGAAAUCCUUCAAGAGAGAGAAUACCGUUUACAGGCUCGCAUUGCUCAUAGAAUCCAAGAACUUGAAAAUCUUCCUGGGUCCCUGGCUGGAGACCUGCGAACCAAAGCAACCAUUGAACUUAAAGCCCUACGAUUGCUGAAUUUCCAGAGACAGCUGCGACAAGAAGUCGUGGUCUGUAUGAGAAGAGAUACUGCCCUGGAAACGGCACUGAAUGCUAAGGCAUAUAAGCGUAGCAAACGGCAAUCCCUACGGGAAGCUCGCAUCACUGAGAAGCUGGAAAAACAGCAGAAGAUUGAACAAGAAAGAAAACGCCGGCAAAAACAUCAGGAGUAUCUCAACAGCAUUCUCCAGCAUGCCAAGGAUUUCAAAGAAUACCAUCGAUCAGUCACCGGCAAGAUUCAGAAGCUGACAAAGGCUGUGGCCACCUAUCAUGCGAAUACUGAGCGAGAACAAAAGAAGGAGAACGAGAGAAUUGAGAAGGAGAGAAUGCGCCGGUUGAUGGCUGAGGAUGAAGAAGGGUACCGAAAGCUUAUUGAUCAAAAGAAAGAUAAACGCUUAGCCUACCUGCUUCAGCAGACAGAUGAAUAUGUGGCCAACCUCACAGAACUGGUGAGACAGCACAAGGCUGCACAGGUGGCAAAGGAGAAAAAGAAGAAGAAGAAAAAGAAGAAGGCUGAGGUUGCGGAAGGACAGACCCCAGCAAUUGGACCCGAUGGUGAACCUUUAGAUGAAACCAGCCAAAUGAGUGACCUCCCUGUGAAAGUGAUUCAUGUUGAAAGUGGGAAAAUUCUUACUGGCACAGAUGCCCCAAAGGCUGGACAGCUGGAUACCUGGUUAGAAAUGAAUCCUGGAUAUGAAGUAGCACCAAGAUCUGACAGCGAAGAAAGUGGAUCAGAGGAGGAAGAAGAGGAGGAAGAAGAAGAACAACCUCAGCCUGCUCAGUCUGCUCUGCCUGUAGAGGAGAAGAAAAAGAUUCCAGAUCCAGACAGUGAUGAUGUAUCAGAAGUGGAUGCAAGGCACAUUAUUGAGAACGCCAAGCAAGAUGUUGAUGACGAGUAUGGUGUGUCUCAAGCCCUGGCAAGGGGGUUGCAGUCUUACUAUGCUGUGGCUCAUGCAGUCACUGAAAGGGUAGACAAACAGUCAUCCCUCAUGGUGAAUGGUGUCCUCAAACAGUAUCAGAUCAAAGGUUUAGAGUGGCUGGUAUCACUGUACAAUAAUAAUCUCAAUGGUAUCCUGGCCGACGAAAUGGGCCUGGGUAAGACAAUCCAGACCAUUGCUUUAAUUACAUACCUCAUGGAGCACAAACGAAUCAACGGACCCUUCCUCAUUAUAGUACCUCUGUCAACUCUAUCAAAUUGGGCCUAUGAAUUUGAUAAGUGGGCUCCUUCUGUGGUUAAAGUCUCAUAUAAGGGCUCUCCAGCUGCAAGACGGGCAUUUGUACCUCAGCUUCGAAGUGGAAAGUUUAAUGUUUUGCUUACUACAUAUGAAUAUAUCAUCAAAGAUAAACACAUUCUUGCAAAAAUUCGUUGGAAGUACAUGAUUGUUGAUGAAGGUCACCGGAUGAAGAAUCACCAUUGCAAGCUAACCCAGGUUCUGAAUACACACUACGUAGCCCCUCGUCGUUUGCUGCUGACAGGAACUCCACUACAAAAUAAGCUACCAGAAUUAUGGGCUCUGCUCAAUUUCCUCCUUCCAACUAUCUUCAAGAGUUGUAGCACAUUUGAACAGUGGUUUAAUGCUCCGUUUGCCAUGACUGGAGAAAAGGUGGAUUUGAAUGAGGAAGAAACUAUUCUAAUUAUCCGUCGUUUGCACAAAGUUUUGCGCCCCUUCCUACUGAGAAGAUUAAAGAAGGAAGUAGAAGCGCAGCUACCUGAAAAGGUAGAAUAUGUUAUUAAGUGUGAUAUGUCUGCAUUACAAAGAGUGCUUUAUAGGCACAUGCAAGCAAAGGGAGUGCUGCUUACAGAUGGAUCUGAAAAAGACAAAAAGGGCAAAGGUGGUACAAAAACGCUCAUGAACACUAUUAUGCAGCUGCGGAAGAUCUGCAACCAUCCAUAUAUGUUUCAGCAUAUAGAGGAGUCCUUUUCUGAGCACUUAGGCUUCACUGGAGGCAUUGUGCAAGGACUUGAUCUCUAUCGAGCUUCUGGGAAAUUUGAGCUUCUAGAUCGUAUUCUUCCCAAAUUGCGAGCUACCAACCACAAGGUAUUGCUCUUCUGUCAGAUGACCUCCCUCAUGACCAUAAUGGAAGAUUAUUUUGCCUACCGUGGAUUCAAAUACCUCAGGCUAGAUGGAACAACUAAAGCUGAAGAUCGUGGCAUGCUGCUGAAAACUUUCAAUGAGCCAGGCUCUGAAUAUUUCAUUUUUCUUCUGAGCACCCGAGCAGGGGGUUUGGGACUGAAUCUGCAAUCUGCUGAUACUGUGAUUAUUUUUGACAGUGACUGGAAUCCUCACCAGGACCUGCAGGCACAGGAUCGAGCACAUCGCAUUGGGCAGCAAAAUGAAGUCCGAGUGCUGCGUCUGUGCACUGUCAACAGUGUGGAGGAGAAGAUACUUGCUGCAGCCAAGUACAAGCUGAAUGUUGAUCAGAAGGUGAUCCAGGCUGGAAUGUUUGACCAGAAGUCCUCCAGUCAUGAAAGGCGAGCUUUCCUGCAGGCUAUCUUAGAGCAUGAGGAGCAAGAUGAGGAAGAAGAUGAAGUGCCAGAUGAUGAAACGGUUAACCAAAUGAUUGCCCGACAUGAGGAAGAGUUUGAUCUUUUUAUGCGCAUGGAUUUAGAUCGCAGGCGAGAGGAGGCCCGCAAUCCUAAGCGAAAGCCACGAUUGAUGGAAGAGGAUGAGUUGCCCUCUUGGAUAAUUAAAGACGAUGCAGAAGUAGAAAGACUAACCUGUGAGGAGGAGGAAGAGAAGAUGUUUGGUAGAGGUUCCCGUCACCGUAAGGAAGUGGAUUAUAGUGAUUCCCUGACUGAGAAGCAAUGGCUCAAGGCCAUAGAAGAGGGUACCCUAGAGGAGAUCGAAGAGGAGGUGCGUCAGAAGAAAUCCUCCCGCAAGCGCAAGAGAGACGUGGAUGUCAGUUCCUCAACCCCAACCACCAGCACUCGUAGCCGGGACAAAGACGAUGACAGCAAAAAGCAGAAAAAGCGAGGCCGGCCCCCUGCUGAGAAGCUCUCUCCAAAUCCACCCAACCUCACUAAGAAAAUGAAGAAGAUUGUAGAUGCUGUGAUUAAGUAUAAAGACAGCAGCAGUGGACGUCAGCUUAGUGAAGUCUUCAUUCAACUGCCUUCUCGAAAAGAGCUUCCAGAAUAUUAUGAACUCAUUCGCAAACCAGUGGAUUUCAAGAAGAUAAAGGAGCGUAUCCGGAACCACAAAUAUCGCAGCCUAAACGAUUUGGAGAAGGAUGUCAUGCUUCUAUGUCAGAAUGCUCAGACUUUCAAUCUUGAAGGAUCACUGAUUUAUGAAGACUCAAUUGUUCUGCAGUCUGUCUUUACUAGCGUGAGGCAAAAAAUUGAAAAAGAGGAAGACAGCGAGGGAGAAGAGAGUGAGGAGGAAGAAGAGGGAGAAGAGGAAGGAUCUGAAUCAGAAUCUCGUUCUGUCAAAGUGAAGAUUAAACUGGGCAGAAAGGAAAAAGUACCAGACCGAAUGAAAGGCCGCAGACGCACCAGCCGUGGGUCCCGGGCUAAACCCGUGGUUAGUGAUGAUGACAGUGAGGAAGAGCAAGAAGAGGAUCGCUCAGGAAGUGGCACAGAAGAUGACUAGGUGACAUUCCAUGAUGGAGACCUCAGGCAUCAGUUUUUCCAAAGCAGAGGUGCUCUAGUCCUUUAGCUGCAAUGGGUAGAAAGAAAAGUAGUGUUGGAUGUGGGUAAACUGUAUAAAUUCUUCCAUAUUUAUACUGCAGUGAAGAUGUAGGACUUACUUGUGUCUUGCCUUGUCCUCACAUCAGUAGCGUUUGUAACAGCAUUAACUGUUGUUGUUUUUUUUUAAAAAAAAUUAUGACUGGGGGAACACUUGAUUUUUUUUUUAAAGGCAGUACUAUUUUCAGUUGCAGUAUUGAAUCACUGUAGUUUUAACCUGUGGGUGCAUGUGUGUAAGCAGUCCACUUCCUAGUACUGUAUUUUAUGAAACAGGUCAAACAGCCAGCUGCUCCCCCCAAAGCAAGGGGAGGGUGGCAGGGGUAACUGUGUCAGUGUCACUGGAUUUCAAACAGUAAUAAAUUAAGCAAAACAAACAGUAAUAAAUUAAGCAAAACAAACAAACACCCCACCAUCACCGUGGCGUAUUUGUUAAAUGUGCUUCUCUUUUACUGUAACAUCUGGAAAGCUCCUCCCAUCAGCUCAGUAAGGUCUGAAGUUUAUCUAUCUUCUGAUCCAUUCAGAUAAUACAGAAUAACAAGAGUUGGAAGGAACCUUGGAGAUUUUCUAGUCCAACCUUCUGCUCAAGCAGGGGACCCUGUAUCAUUUUAGACAAGUGGCUGCCCAGUCUCUUCAUGACUAUGACAACUAUGAUUAUGGCCUGCUUAAAAUGGCUGUCCAGAUGUUCCUAAAUCCCCAUCUGGCUUCUCAUCUGUAGUAAUAUUCAAAGGAGAUGGCAGGUUGCAAUAUCUUAUCAUUCCAGAUUGCACAAGAGAUUUUGAUCAGGCCUGUUUUUGUAAAACAGAUAUUUAAAGAGUUUAAAGAUGAAAACAUCAGAACACAUCUUUAAAGCAUUUUAGCUUUUAUUCAUUUUGUCUCUGGUACUUUAUUCUCAUUCUGAAAGUCUCUCCUUCUUUUAUCCACAUCUGUGUUUGUGGGCGAUCAUCUUGCAUGACCUGCUGGGCGAUGGAACAAUAUUCGUGGUCUAGCCAAGGACAAGAGAGGGGAGGGAAGUCGCUCCAUUUCAAAUUGGGUUACUUUCUGGACCAUGUAUUCUGUAAAUCUACAGAAUUAUGAUGCACAUGUGGAAGUUACUCAGUAAGUUUGUGGUUGCUGUGGUUUAAGAGAUGCUGUAUUUAACAAGGCCUUGUUAAAGGCUUUCCAGUUACUCAGAAGGGGCCAGGGAGGCUUAUCCUUAGAUCAGCCUAUUUCUCUCACACUCAUAGAAUUUGCACACAUAAAAAUAUUUCCUUGGAAUUCCCCGAUUUUGGAAACUUAUACAAAAUAAACACUGUAUACAUUUUUAUUACAGGAAAAGAAUUUCCUUCUGUAUUUUUCCAUGUAGCUCAUGUAGCCCCUUGGAAUUUAUGUAACAGGAAAAAGAUAGUGAUGGGAGCAGUCCAGAAGGCAAAGAAACCAUUGCUGGAAAUUAACUUUCUGAAAAAUGAGACCAACGCAACAGCACAACUCCCUGCAUUAUGCUGGGUAGGGUGUUAAUAUACUGUGAA